GUUGAGAUACGAUUGCAUUUCUAGUUUUGUAUUGUUCGCGUGAACGUUUACAGCGGUUCAUUUAUAUUUCAUAGGGCCGUUCACGAAUACAUAUUAACCAGGUGCGCCAUUGGUAUUGGACGUGAAAUAUGGCGUCACCUGCUCUUGGGAAACUGGUGUGGAGUGGAAAACUAUGGAUGUCGUGUUUCUUCGUUUUGUUCUUUCCAAACUUCAUACGAUGCGAGGGAGAAAUCCGACUGGUUGAUGGGUACAGUUCAGAUGAAGGCAGGGUUGAGAUCUUUCAUGAAGGUCAAUGGGGAACAGUCUGUGACUACGCCUACGAUAGUAGUUGGGAUGACUAUGAUGCGAGGGUAGUUUGUCGACAGCUUGGAUACUCGGGCAAUGUUGGUGAAGCCAGGAGUGGUGGCACAUACGGACAAGGAUCUGGCCCGAUACACCUUAAUUAUGUCGGCUGUUUGGGAUAUGAAUCACAGUUAACUGAUUGCUAUAAUGACGGAUGGGGCAACCACCGCUACUGCGGACAUUCUCAAGAUGUUGGAGUUUACUGUGGAGAUGACAUGGAGGGAGAAAUCCGACUGGUUGAUGGGUACAGUUCAGAUGAAGGCAGGGUUGAGAUCUUUCAUGAAGGUCAAUGGGGAACAGUCUGUGUCUACGCCUACGAUAGUAGUUGGGAUGACUAUGAUGCGAGGGUAGUUUGUCGACAGCUUGGAUACUCGGGCAAUGUUGGUGAAGCCAGGAGUGGUGGCACAUACGGACAAGGAUCUGGCCCGAUACACCUUAAUUAUGUCGGCUGUUCGGGAUAUGAAUCACAGUUAACUGAUUGCUAUAAUGACGGAUGGGGCAACUACCGCUACUGCGGACAUUCUCAAGAUGUUGGAGUUUACUGUGGAGAUGACAUGGAGGGAGAUAUCCGGCUCGUCGACGGGUACAGUACUGAUGAAGGCAGGGUUGAGAUCUUCCAUGAUUUCCAAUGGGGGACAGUCUGUGAUGACGGUUGGGAUGACCUUGACGCGAGGGUUGUUUGUCGACAGCUUGGAUACUCAGGCAAUGUUGGUGUAGCCAGGUAUGGUGGUACAUACGGACAAGAAUCUGACCCGAUAUACCUUGAUAAUGUCGGCUGUUCGGGAUAUGAAUCCACGUUGACCGAUUGCUAUAAUGACGGAUGGGUCAACUACGACUGCGAACAUUCUCAAGAUGCUGGUGUUUACUGUGGUGAUGACAUAGAGGGAGAUAUCCGGCUGGUUGACGGAUACGGUACAGAUGAAGGCAGGGUUGAGAUCUUCCAUGAUUUCCAAUGGGGGACAGUCUGUGAUGACGGUUGGGAUGACCUUGACGCGAGGGUUGUUUGUCGACAGCUUGGAUACUCAGGCAGUGUAAGUGUAGCCAGGAGUGGUGGUACAUACGGACAAGGAUCUGACCCGAUAUACCUUGAUAAUGUCGGCUGUUCGGGAUAUGAAUCCAGGUUGACCGAUUGCAGUUAUACCGGAUGGGACAACCACUUCUGCGCACAUUCUGAAGAUGCUGGUGUACAGUGUGAAGAUUCUUCAACUCCGCCUACAGUGAAAACAUCUUCACGUGUCCUGGGCGUCAUGGCAUCUGUAGGUGUGUGCUUGUCCUUGCUGACCAUGCUAGCUAUCAUAGCCGUAUGUUGGACCUGCAGUAAAUCGAAGACGGCCGUUACACCCCGGCCAUUGGAACAAGCGAUUCCACUAAAUACCCUGAGUGCUCAUCCUGCAGGCACCAACAUCCAAACAGCCACUGCAUCGAAUGGAAACUCUGGUGUGGCGUGUCAACAAACUAUGCGUAUAUAUCCACACGAUGCAAACUUAAACCCUCCGCCACUGCCUAUUCAAACAACACACUAAUAGUCCAGUCACACUGACAAGACCAACACCAUGUAGACCAAAACAAAAACAACCCCCCCCCCCAA